GUCUACUAGGUGGAGGGCACAAGGAAAGUGGGAUCACGGACGGCUGCCCAGUCCACGCGAGCGGGGCUCUGACCGGAUGGAACGAGAAUGUGCACCCCCACCAGGGCUUCCAGCUAAUUUCUACGACACGGAAUGGCUCUCUGACCUGGAGGAGCGAGAUCUUGAGGCCUACGAACUUCUCGAUGUCCAAGCACCCGUGGAUCUAACUCUCCCAGGAGAUGUUGUCACACUAUACAAGCGAUUCCGCCAUUGUCGUACGCGUGACGAUAGGCCAUUGUCGGCGGAGCAGUUUGCACCAAUAAUCAUCGAAUGAGUGAUUGAUAAAGCACCCCCAGACUGUAC